AUGGAGUACGUCGACAAGAGCCCGCGAGCGCGCAAGGACAGGCCGCCCGCGCUCGCCAUCCAGCACUCCAGUCCCCACCAGCAAAAGAUAGUGACGCCGGACGAGGUGCAGCAGCCGUCUGCCAUCUCGCGCUCGACGUCCGCCAGCUCGUCGCUCGACCCGUAUUAUUUCCAGAACCACUCGACGGACAACAUCUCGCCCGCCCCGCCGCUCCCGGUGGUGCCUCAGGAACCGCGCACGCCCGACGCCCGCGGCACAUCGACCUUCCAGCCCACAACGCCCCACCGCGACCCGGCGACAAUUGACCGCGGUGCCUUGCACGGUCUGGGCGAACUCGCGACGCCGCGCUGGACACGGCGGAACAGGGACGAGGACGAGGAGCAGUAUUCUCAGGACUUGAGCGUCGUGCACGAGUCGCCUGGCCAGGACGAGCCGCAGCAGGACGAGGCGGACAUUGCCGAACAGGAUGCGCCCGACAGUCCGUGGACGAUCGAGGCCAUCGACGGCGAGGGCGACGAGAACGCAGACGACAUCCCUACCACCGACCACCAACUGCACCACAAGCGCUCCAUCGCAGACGACAGCGGCGCUGAAGAAAUUGUUUAUCCGCGUUCUCUACCUGUAGCUGCUCCGCCUCUGCCGCCGCCACCUGGCACACCCUCUCGCGCUCCGCCAACAGUACCGCCUGCUUUCCUGUCUCCCAUGCGUCACGCAAAGAAACGCUCCUCUGACGACUUUGAGCGCGAGCAUCCCAUUCCCGUCAAACAUUCUCGCAGUCCGUCUGACACCAACAAGACGCCUGCAAAGGACAAGGAUAUCGGGGCUCGCAAACAUCGCAGUCUAGGCGCAGCGGCCGUUCUCAGUCCGCCUGCCGUAUCUGCUUCUAGCCGCGAGAAGGGCCGCGAGCGCCGUCGCGAAAGCGCCAGCACAUCGGGCCUCCCACCAGCAGCCGCCAGCAAAGAUCGUCACGCCCGUCACCCGUCCGCUGGCAGUGUCUCUUCUCCGCGCGCCCACGGUCAUAGCGCAACCGGCGACUUUAGCCACCUCCCACCUUCUCCCUCUCAGUCCAGCAUUCAACACUUCUUGCGACACGUCAAUUCAGCUGGCCAGAUCACCAACUCACCGCCCGGAUCUGCAAAGGACCCAGUCCACGUCGCUCACUCUCUUCUUCGUGGCACCCAAGAAAGCUCCAGCGAUCUUGACGCGGAGGCCCUACGCCGACUCGAUGGACUUGGUGGUAAGCGUGGCAGUCGUGCUAGUAUAGCCAGUCGCCCUGGUACACCCGCCCGCGCCAAGGAUCGCGAUAGCGCCCAGUGGGAAGGCGUGGGUAGCGACAAAGGCUCGCGCCGCUCUUCUACCCACCACGAUGUUUCUUCUGGUGCGGAUGACAACGGAAAGCGUCAUACCGCCCGGCUCAGCACCGGUUUCGCGCCAAAGCGAGGCUCGGCGGGAAGCACUACAUACACCAGCGCGAGUGGCAGCGUUGGUACUCCGACUACAACUGCUUCUUCUCGUGACAGCACUAGCUUGAGCGCUGCCACGAGUGUCACGAGUAUGAGCACUGGUACACCGAAGCGCGGUGCUAAGCGCAAUUCUGGCGGGAGCGAUGCUAGCGGUCUCGAGGAUGACGAGCAUCACGGGAGGGAGCAGGGGGUCCCACCUGUACCUCCGCUUCCGAAGGACUUGGCUCUCCGCUCUCCUCCACCAAGCUCGCACAGUGGUACCUUCGACCCUUACGCACCCCAAGUUCCCCGCAGACUUCACGGCGAUCCCGCAGCGAGCUCUGUUCCACCGUCGGCAUCGACCGACGCCGCGUUCUCAACCAUAUCUUCGGAGCCUGUGUUUACGCCUAAUGAGCCCGAGGCGGAUGAUGGCGAUAGUCCUGUAGCUGUUACAACGGACGCAUACGCCGUGACGACGGAUGCAGAGGAGUACACACAUGCUCUUACCACGGACGCCGAGUACACCAGCAGCUCGAGCCAGCAGAUCACCUCCCAUCACCCUCGCCGCGCAGCGAGUCCUCCCCGCCGCAUCGCCAGCCCACCACACCGCACCGCCAGCCCGCCCACUCUCCGACGCCGCGCAACGAGUCCGCCCGCUGCCUCUGCGACGAUCUCCACUCGCACACCCAGCAAGAAAUGGAGUUUCACCGGCGGCUUUGGCAAACGCCCCUCGCAAGCUCAUACGGCGACAUCACCCGCGCACUCGACCGGACCUGUGUCGAGUGUCUCUGCUGGUAGCAAAGGCAGCCCGCUCAGCGGCGGCGGAUCCGCGAGCCCACGCACCGCGACAUUCCCUGCGCAAUCUAGGCGCUCAGAAAGCCGGGACCGGUCCACGGAACCGUGGGGCUCUCUCCAGCCCGAUGCGAUGGGCAGCGCAGCCUCGCUCUCCUCUCUCGCGUCGAGCAACCAGCAACACCACCACUUGCCCGCGCGUACGCCCGACAGGCAUUUGUCGGUGCAGUCCGGCUCGUCGAGGCCGCCUACGGCUGAGGCUUCUGGACCUAUGAGCCCGGGCGGGAGCGUGAGGAGGGGCGCGAGCAAGCGGUUGACGCCGAGCUCUAUUCCGUUCUUUAGGAGGAGCAGCAGUCAGAGUAUGGCUCCGCCCCCGCCUUCGUCCUCUUCGCACGGUUCGACGCUCGAGGCACACGGUCGUUCCGAUCGGGAGAGGGAUAGAACGAGCCCGGGCAUCGACUCGAGCGUCUCGACACCCGGACCGGCUGCGAGCAAGAAGAGCAGCAUGCUCAGCCUCGGCGCAUUGUUGAAAGGCUCGAGCUCGCGCCGGAAUCUGGCGGAUAACAGCCAGACGGAUUACCGGUCUGAUAGGGCGGAGAGGGGCACGGAUCGGGAGAAUGUGAGCGGGUUCGGAGGCGGGAUUGGCGGGAGGAGGGACAGGGAGCGCGAGAGGGAGAAAGGGAAGGAGCGCGAGAGGCGGGUUGAGGGCGAGGGCGAGAGCACGUCGAGGACGCCGAGGAAGAAGGACGAUAAGGAUGCGAAGGAGAGGAGCGAGAGUCGGAUUAGCGUGUUGAUGCGCCGUAGGGGCAAGACCGUCUCGUCGACCGACCCGAAGAAGGCGCAUCCGGUCUCGCUCCCGCCGAUGCAGAUGUCCGCGCUUCCGCCCUCGACGACUCAGCGGCUGGCUACGCUCUCGAAGCCCGGCUCUCAGGCAUCUCUUGGUUCUGGCUCGAGUACGGCGUCUACGCCCUCGCGUAGUGUCUCGGGCCAGGGCGUCUCCCGCGUUACGCAGCCGACGGCGAGCAGUCUGCAGCGCGCGGCUGAGCGCCAGGCUGAUGCGCACAGCUUGGCGCGGUCAAGCGAUACCAGCUUGCGCUCCCGUGGUGCCGCUCUACCCACUAUUGCCGGCUCACCGUCUGUCGGGACGAUCACGAAGAACGGCGAGGCUGCUGCGGGGACCAAGAUCCCGCGUAUCCACAGUCGGACGAGCACCGUCACCAGUCCCGCGCUGAGCAAGAGCACGCGGAGGCAGAGUCUACUCGUCGCAAGCACCACCGGCACAUCGUCCAACGAGCCUAGUCCGACGCCAGCAUCCGAGUUUGGCGUGUUGGAUUCUCAGGGCGCAUCACCGACGAAGGGUUCUGGUUCGACGCUCACUGCUUCGUCCCGCGUGCGUGCAUCACCGAGCAGCACGAGCAAUGGUUCUGCCGCGGCCCGACCACGGCCCAGUGGGAGUGGAGGCGGUAGUGGUAUCCCGACGAGCGUGCGGAAGAACCGCGAGUCGUUGAGCUUUGGCGGGUUGCGGAAGAGCAGUACGAGCUCGGUCGCGAGUGUUACUGCCAGCGACGCGAGCCACGCUGGUGGCCACAGUACCGCGAAGGAGGCGCAUGCCCAUGCGACGCCCAGCCAUGGUCAUCGGUUCAGUGCGCUCAGCCCGAGUAAGGGUCUGAAGUUGCUGUCGCCGAAGGUGCGCGGGAGCUCGACGCCAAGUCGCUCAAGUAUGGCUGCGAGCAUGAGCACGCCGAGUCCGCCGCCUGCUGUAGAUGCCGAGGAGGUCGCGGGCGACGAGGAGAUGUUGCAGUAUAUCAAGCGUCAGCAGGCGAAGAAGCUGGCGCAUGGCGCGUCGCAGGAGGAGUUGGAUGAGCUGUUGAAGUUCCCUGAGCCGACGCCGCCGGUGCAGGCUAUGAACCCGUCUUCCAUCCUGAAGGGCUCCCAGCGCAGCCAGCUGAGUGAGUACGAGCAGCAAGAAAUCCUCGAGUAUUCCUCUGCGUACUUCCUCGGUGGAAGCGGGAAGAAGCCCGCGCAUCCCGAUCGGCCGACGAAUAACUUCGGCUACGACGACGACCGGGGCGAUUACCUCGUUGUGGAUGGGGACCAUCUGGCAUAUCGGUAUGAGGUUAUCGGUACGCUCGGGAAGGGCUCGUUCGGGCAGGUGCUCUCGUGUCGGGAUCACUGUACGGGCCAGAUGGUGGCGAUCAAGAUUAUCCGGAAUAAGAAGCGGUUCCAUCACCAGGCGCUGGUCGAGAUCAAGAUACUGGAUAAUCUGCGCAAAUGGGACGCGGAGGAGAAGCACCACGUUAUCAAGAUGACCGAGCACUUCUAUUUCCGGAAUCACCUUUGCAUCGCGAUGGAGCUGCUCAGCAUCAACCUGUACGAGCUGAUCAAGGCGAACGGCUUCGUCGGCUUCACAACCGCGCUCAUCCGCCGCUUCACAAGCCAAAUGCUACUCUCACUCGUCCUCAUGCGUCACCAUCGGAUCGUCCACUGCGACCUGAAGCCCGAAAACGUCCUGCUGCGGCAUCCGGCAAAGAGCGCUAUCAAGGUCAUCGACUUCGGCAGCUCGUGCUUCGAGCAUGAGAAGAUCUACACGUACAUCCAGUCGCGCUUCUACCGCUCUCCAGAAGUCAUCCUCGGCAUGAACUACCAUAUGGCCAUCGACAUGUGGUCGCUCGGUUGCAUCCUGGCUGAGCUCAAGACCGGGUUCCCCAUCUUCCCUGGUGAGAACGAGCAGGAGCAGUUGGCGUGCAUCAUGGAGGUCCUUGGCGUGCCGGACAAGGACUUUGUCGCGCGUUCAUCUCGCAAGCGGUUGUUCUUUGACUCGACUGGCGCGCCUCGCCCCGUUGUCAACUCGAAGGGUCGCCGUCGUCGGCCCGGCACGAAGCAGCUCGCUCAGGUUCUCCGCACGGACGACGAUCUGUUCGUAGACUUCAUCGCGAAGUGCCUUGUCUGGGAUCCCGAGCGCCGAAUCAAGCCUCAGGCCGCGCUCAAGCAUCCGUUCAUGCUUGCUGGGAAGCACACUCCAUCUUCCAUCCCGCAGACGCCGUCGCGCGGCCUUUCGACGCCCAGCAGCAAGAACACGAGCUCGUCGUCUCUUGUCAGCAGCUCACGUAAGAGCGCUGCUGCCACAGAGACGCCGAAGAAGAGCUUGAUCAGCGCACCAGCGCCGCUCAGCGCCAGGAGGACGACAAGCUCGAACGUCACGGGUACACCUAGCGCUAGCGGGAGCAGCACGCUCAGCUCGAGCCGGUCAUAUCGCGCUUCGGGCACUGCUGCUAGCUCAUCGGGUUACCACUCGAGCAGGACGCUCAACGGGUUCACUGUGCGAUAG